AUGGUCUUCCCAAAUAGGAAACGCCGCGACUACCUCCAGGGUGCAUUCUGGUUUUGUGCAUCUUUCCCAAGGAACGGGCCUCUUCGAGGUUACAAGAAGUUCCGGGGUCCUUCUCUCCAAGCCAUACCUGACAAUCAACAUCUACUCAAAAGUAUACAUCAAGUCAGGUCAAGCUCGUCUUUCAACGCGGAACACACUGUGUACCUCCAGGUUACAUCAUGGCCUACAAAAGAGGAGAAAUAA